GGGUGCAGUUUGGGAAUGCAUAUGUAUGAUAUAGCACCAGUGCAGCCGCGUGGGAAAAGAGACAAAUUAAUGGGACCCGUGUUCUUUUCAUUCCGUUGUAAUAUGUGCAGCACAGCGCGUGCUUUGGGCAACACUAUCAACUAGGACGUAAGGUGACCUGGGCUGACACCUAAUCUGAGAGGAGCAAUGGCUCUCCACACCACACCCCCCUUCCUCCCCUUCCUCCUUGUGUUCCUACUGCUCCACCUCCCCCAGCCUGGAUCCUUCGAGUCCCAGCAGAAGAUGGGGGACCUGGACCCCCCCACUAUGGCCCAGCCACCCUACAGUAACAGCACCAUCAGCAGCAGGUCCAGCUGCGGCGAGUCAGACACCUGUAAGAAAGGAAUCCUGCUGCCCGUAUGGUUGCCCCUCACCCCUGGGCCAGCAGACCGAGUGGCCCGCGCCAUUGUCUACUUCGCCUGCCUCAUGUACAUGUUCCUGGGUGUGUCCAUCAUCGCCGACCGCUUCAUGGCCUCCAUUGAAGUCAUCACCUCGCAGGAAAAGGAAGUGACCAUCACCAAGCCUAACGGGGAGACGUCGGUGACCACUGUUAGAAUCUGGAACGAGACAGUGUCCAACCUCACGCUCAUGGCCCUGGGUUCCUCGGCUCCAGAGAUCCUGUUGUCUGUCAUCGAGGUGUGUGGUCACAACUUCGACGCAGGUGAGCUGGGCCCAGGCACCAUCGUGGGCAGUGCUGCCUUCAACAUGUUUGUGAUCAUCGGGAUCUGCGUGUGGGUCGUCCCGGAUGGAGAGUCACGCAAGAUCAAGCACCUGCGCGUCUUCUUCAUCACCUCCUUCUGGAGCAUCUUCGCCUACAUCUGGCUCUACCUCAUUCUGGCUGUCAUCAGCCCGGGGGUCGUGGAGGUGUGGGAGGCUCUGGUCACUCUACUGUACUUCCCAGUGUGUGUGAUCCUGGCCUGGAUCGCCGACCGCCGCCUGCUCUUCUACAAGUACAUGCACAAACGUUACCGUGCCGACAAGCGGCGAGGCAUCGUGGUGGAGACGGAGGGCGAGCUGACCCCCAAGGGCAUUGAUAUGAUGAUGGACGGCAAGUUUCCCCCCAGAGGAGGGGGCGUAGCCACUGAGAAUGGCCUGGAUGGCACACCUGGCAACCUGCCCAAGAGCACCUCCGUCACCUUGGAGGGCAUCAGAGAGCUGGACCAGAACCGCAAGGAGGUGAUCCGCAUCCUGAAGGAACUGAAGCAGAAGCACCCGGAUAAGGAGCUGGAGCAGCUGCUGGAGCUGGCCAACUACUACGCCCUGAUGCACCAGCAGAAGAGCCGCGCCUUCUACCGCGUGCACGCCACCCGCAUGAUGAUCGGGGCGGGCAACGUGCUCAAGAAGCACACCGUCGACUGCACCCGCCGUGCCCCGCCCCCCGAAGACCCGCCCCUCGAGAGCGAGGACACGCCCGGCUGCAGCCGCAUUGCCUUCGAGAGCGCGCAGUACCAAUGCAUGGAGAACUGUGGCACGCUCGCCCUGGCUGUCACCUGCAGGGGCGGCACCGGGGAGAGCACCUUCUACGUGGACUACCGUACGGAGGACGGCUCGGCCAACGCCGGCUCUGACUACGAGUAUGCCGAGGGGACGCUGGUGUUCAAGCCCGGGGACACCAGAAAGGAGAUCAAGGUGGGCAUCAUCGACGACGACAUCUUCGAGGAGGACGAGCACUUCUUCGUGCGGCUGUCGAACCUGCGCGUGGGCAACGCCGAGGGCAUGUUCGAGAGCGAGGGGGCGGGCAUCACGCCCAAGGGCCGGCUGGCCGAGCCCACGGUGGCUACCGUCACCAUCCUGGACGACGACCACGCUGGCAUCUUCACCUUCAGCAAGCGGCUGGUGCGCGUGAGCGAGAGCGCUGGCACCAUGGAGGUGACAGUGAUGCGCAACUCGGGCGCCCGCGGCACCGUCAUCCUGCCCUACCACACAGAGGACGGCACCGCCCGGGGGGGCGGCGUGGACUAUGAGGACGCCCGUGGGGAGCUGGAGUUCGCCAAUGACCAGACCUCUCAGACCCUGAAGGUACACAUCGUUGAUGAUGAGGAAUACGAGAAACAUGAGAACUUCUUCAUCGUGCUAGAGGAACCACGGUGGCUCAAGAGAGGGAUCUCAGCUCUGCUGCUGAACCAGGAGAACCCCAGUGCGGAGGAGGAGGAGGCACGACGCAUAGCAGAAAUGGGGAAGCCCAUCUUGGGGGAGCACAGUCGGCUGGAGGUGAUCAUCGAGGAGUCCUACGAGUUCAAGAGCACCGUAGAUAAGCUGUUAAAGAAGACAAACCUGGCACUUGUCAUCGGCACUCAUUCCUGGAGGGAACAAUUUGUUGAGGCUGUGACCGUUGGUGCAGGUGAUGGUUACGUGGAUGACGAAGACGAGAACCACGAGGCUCCGUUACCCUCCUGCUGCGACUACGUCAUGCACUUCCUGACAGUGUUCUGGAAAGUUCUCUUCGCCUGUGUCCCUCCCACUGAGUACUGGAAUGGCUGGGCCUGCUUCAUAGUGUCCAUCUGCGUCAUCGGCUUCCUCACCGCUGUCAUCGGGGACCUGGCCUCACACUUCGGCUGCACCGUGGGCCUGCGCGACACCGUCACGGCUGUGGUCUUUGUGGCCCUCGGCACUUCCAUUCCUGACACGUUCGCCAGCAAGGUGGCCGCGAUACAGGACCAGUACGCCGACGCCUCUGUGGGCAACGUGACGGGCAGCAACGCGGUCAACGUGUUCCUGGGCAUCGGCGUGGCGUGGUCAGUGGCGGCCGUGUACUGGGAGGUAAAGGGCAAAAAGUUCCGCGUGAAGCCGGGCUCGCUGGCCUUCUCUGUCACCCUCUUCACCAUCUUCGCCUUCGUCUGCAUGGCCGUACUGCUCCUACGGCGCCGGCCCUCUGUGGGCGGGGAGCUGGGCGGGCCUCGCAUUACCAAGGUGCUCACCACCCUGCUCUUCUUCGGCCUCUGGUUCCUCUACAUCCUCUUCGCCAGUCUGGAGGCCUACUGCCACAUAGAGGGCUUUUGA